AUGAAGAAAUACACAUUUCUACACAAUAAGAGGAAAAGAAGAGAAACUGUAUUUUAUGUUUCCGGAUUUUUACUUGCUCUGUACUGCAUUGUCCAUUUAUUAUUCAAAACUGCUUCAACUUCUCAGGAGCUCAGUUUUCAAAGAAAACGCCGGGACGUCGAAAAUAAUGACACCCAGUGCGUACCUCCACAGUCUUCGGAGUUUCCAGACGGUUUUUUCACAGUGCAAGAGCGAAAGGACGGGGGAAUUGUAAUAUAUUUUAUGAUCAUUUUUUACAUGCUGUUGGCAGUAUCGAUUGUCUGUGACGACUACUUCUUGCCAUCUCUGGAAGCUAUCAGCGAACGUCUUGGACUCUCUCAAGAUGUGGCAGGGGCUACAUUUAUGGCAGCUGGGAGCUCGGCACCAGAACUAGUCACUGCGUUUCUAGGUGUGUUUGUGACAAAGGGAGACAUUGGUAUCAGUACAAUAGUUGGAUCUGCAGUCUACAAUCUCCUUGGCAUUUGUGCUGCAUGUGGACUGCUAACCUCUAUGGUGGGCCGACUUACCUGCUGGCCUUUGUUCAGAGACUGUGUGGCGUAUGCAGUUAGUGUCACAGCAGUAAUCACUAUCAUAUGGGAUAACAAAGUGUACUGGUAUGAUGCAGCCUGUUUGUUACUGGUGUACGGACUGUACAUUGCGGCACUUUGCUUUGACACUCACAUCUUUAAGUACGUGGCGAGGUGGUUCAGCCCCUGCUGCUCCUGUCUGGAUAAAAGAGAGGAGGGCCAGAGUGAAGAGCAGCCUCUGAUUGGAUGGAACGACACAAGCAACCUCCUGGUGCACCGACGUUCCAGAGCCGACAGUGGAAUCUUCCAGGAUGACUCGGGCUACUCCCAUCUCUCCCUCAGUCUUCAUGGACUGAAUGAAAAUUCUGAAGAUCACAGGAGUGUAUUUGCGAUGCCAGAAAAUGACCUGAAGAGAAUCCUUUGGGUGCUGUCCUUGCCUGUCAUCCUGUUGCUGUACCUGACUGUCCCGGACUGCCGAAAACGAUUCUGGAAAAGAUGGUUCAUGGUCACGUUCCUCAUGUCUGCGGUCUGGAUCUCUGCCUUUACUUACAUCCUGGUGUGGAUGGUCACCAUUAUGGGAGAAACUUUGGAAAUCCCAGACACAGUGAUGGGUCUCACGCUGUUGGCUGCUGGAACGAGCAUUCCUGACACAGUGGCCAGUGUCAUGGUGGCAAGAGAAGGGAAAGGAGACAUGGCCAUGUCAAAUAUCGUGGGAUCCAAUGUGUUCGAUAUGCUGUGCCUGGGACUGCCGUGGUUCAUAAAGACAGCGUUUGUGGACACUUCCUCUCCGGUGGAGGUCAACAGCACAGGCUUGGUGUUCACUGCAGCAACCCUCCUCCUGUCCAUCCUUUUCCUGUUCGUGGCUGUGCACCUCAACGGGUGGAAGCUAAACAAGAAGCUCGGCCUGGUGUCCCUGUUUUUCUACUUUCUUUUUGCAACCUUAUCCAUCCUGUACGAACUUGGAAUUAUUGGCAACAACCCAAUCAGAGUGUGCCCGGACUGA